AAAGCAACUCUUGACUAUUGGUUUGAGUAAUCAUGUAUUCUCCUAAGCCUCCACAUCUCUCAGCCCCUCCCCAAGUAUAUGGUCAACCACCAUAUACCACCGGCGUUUCAGCAUCAGCUCAGACGUCCUGGUUAAGUGGACUGUGUGACUGUUGUGUUGAUAUCCCAAAUUGUUGCUUAACAUGUUGGUGCCCUUGUAUUAUUUUCGGACAAAUAGCUGAGAUUGUAGACAAAGGAACAACUUCUUGUGGCGUACAUGGUGUUCGGUAUGCACUGAUCAAUAUCUUAACGGGUUGUGGAUGCCUUUAUUCUUGUAUGUAUCGAACUAAGUUGAGGCGUCAACAAGGAUUGCCUGAAGUUCCAACCAACGAUUGUUGUGUUCACUUCUGUUGUGGGCCAUGCGCUUUGUGUCAAGAGUAUCGUGAGCUCCAAUGCCGUGGAUAUGACAUGUCUAUUGGAUGGAAAGAAGGUAUGAAUAGGCAGAUGCAUGGAGUUCAAAUUCCACCUGUGGCUAUUGGAGGAAUGAAUCGUUAAGUUUGUGGCCAAAACUUCAAGUGUACUUAAAGUUUUCAAUACUCAUAGAGCAAAAUAUACGUUUAUGGGCACAUUCGGUGAUGUUUAAACCAGUCAAGAAAAAAGUGUAUUCAAUUGGAGGUGCUAAAGAUCCCAAAAUUCAUGAUCUCUAUCUUUCGGAUUAAUAAAAAAAAGUUUGUUUUUUA